GCUGGGGGAGCGGGUUUUCUCUCGUUUCCAAGCCUUGUGGUUCGGGGUGGUUGUGGGGCCGGACCCCGCUCCCCGUUUCAGCAUCGUUCAGCGGGAUUUGGAAGGAGAUGGUGUGCGUGCUUGUUUUAAUUUCGCGCCGCACGGCAGCCAGAACUUUCUUUUAGGAGCGCUUAAAAGAUGUUUCUUUCUUUGUAGACGUUAUUCGGAACAGCUUGGAGCUAUUAGGGAAUUUUCCGACCGAGUCCCUUGGCAGAGUGGUGGCGAAACUGGAGAGCGAGUGGAGUUGUCAUCUCUCCCCUAGGUGGGGUGGCGGCGUCUCCCCUCCCCGCCGCCUCUCCGCGCCCCUGCCUUGGCGGCGAGGGGUUUGCGCUUUGGAUAGUCCAUUUUUAAUUGAAGGAAGCUGCUUCUACUUGGGAGUGGCAGGAGAAGUGAGAAAACCACAUGGAAGACUCCCAGGAUUUAAAUGAACAAUCAGUAAAGAAAACUUGCACCGAAUCAGAUGUUUCAGAGCCUCAGAAUUCCAGGCCUAUGGAAAUGCAGGACCUAGCAGGUCCUCACGCUCUGGCCGGAGGUGGCGAUGCUCCCGGGAGCUCCAAACUGGAGAAGGCGAACCUCAGCAGCACGUCAGUCACCACAAACGGGACAGGAGUGUCUCUCCUUGCAGUCAAAACAGAGCCUUUGAACAGCAGUGAAACCACAACCACGACUGGAGAUGGAGCGCUUGACACUUUUACUGGGUCAGUAAUAACAAGUAGUGGCUACAGCCCCAGAUCAGCACAUCAGUAUUCCCCACAGCUUUAUCCUUCCAAGCCCUAUCCACACAUUCUUUCUACACCAGCAGCUCAAACGAUGUCUGCCUACGCAGGCCAGACUCAGUACUCGGGGAUGCAGCAGCCAGCGGUCUACACGGCCUACUCGCAGACAGGACAGCCCUACAGCCUGCCCACUUACGAUCUGGGGGUGAUGUUGCCAGGCAUCAAGACAGAGAGUGGGCUGCCGCAGACUCAGUCUCCGUUACAGAGUGGGUGCCUCAGUUACAGCCCAGGGUUCUCCACCCCGCAGCCGGGCCAGACACCUUAUUCUUACCAGAUGCCAGGUUCUAGUUUUGCACCGUCAUCUACUAUUUAUGCAAAUAAUUCAGUCUCUAAUUCAACGAAUUUCAGCGGUUCACAACAGGACUAUCCAUCCUACACAGCCUUUGGCCAAAACCAGUAUGCACAGUAUUACUCAGCAUCGACGUACGGAGCAUAUAUGACAUCAAAUAACACAGCCGAUGGUACAUCGUCCUCGACCUCCACCUAUCAGUUGCAGGAAUCUCUCCCAGGACUGACUAGCCAACCAGGUACAGAUCUUCAUCCAGGAGAGUUUGAUACCGUGCAGAGCCCCUCCACGCCCAUCAAAGAUCUGGAUGAGAGAACAUGUAGGAGUUCUGGGUCGAAGUCCCGAGGAAGAGGCCGGAAAAAUAACCCCUCCCCGCCUCCCGACAGCGACCUGGAGCGUGUAUUUGUCUGGGACUUGGACGAAACCAUCAUUGUUUUUCAUUCACUGCUCACAGGUUCUUAUGCCCAGAAGUACGGCAAGGAUCCCCCCAUGGCUGUAACCCUUGGACUCCGAAUGGAGGAAAUGAUUUUUAAUCUUGCUGAUACACAUUUAUUUUUUAAUGAUUUAGAGGAGUGUGAUCAAGUUCAUAUAGAUGAUGUUUCCUCUGAUGAUAAUGGGCAGGACCUAAGUACCUACAGCUUUGCAACUGAUGGCUUCCAUGCAGCUGCAAGUAGUGCAAACCUUUGUUUGCCAACAGGUGUAAGAGGAGGGGUUGACUGGAUGAGGAAGUUGGCUUUUCGUUACAGAAGAGUAAAAGAAUUAUACAACACCUAUAAGAACAAUGUCGGAGGACUCCUUGGCCCUGCCAAGAGAGAUGCAUGGCUGCAGCUAAGGGCAGAGAUCGAAGGCCUGACAGACUCCUGGCUAACAAAUGCACUUAAGUCUUUAUCAAUUAUUAGUACUAGGAGUAACUGCGUAAAUGUCUUGGUAACGACAACCCAGCUGAUCCCAGCACUUGCGAAGGUUCUACUCUAUAGUUUAGGAGGUGCUUUCCCCAUUGAGAAUAUUUACAGUGCAACUAAAAUAGGCAAGGAAAGCUGUUUUGAGCGUAUAGUGUCCAGAUUUGGCACUAACAUAACUUAUGUUGUGAUUGGAGAUGGCCGAGAUGAGGAGCAUGCCGCUAACCAGCACAACAUGCCCUUUUGGAGGAUAUCAAGUCACUCAGACCUCUUGGCUCUACAUCAAGCACUGGAAUUAGAGUAUUUGUAACUGUGUUCUCUAGCUGGAGAUCCGUUUUUUUAUAUUUCAAGUACACUGAAUUUUUAUGUGUGAUUCAAUGCCUCUGGCUUUACACAUAUAAAUUGUCUUAAAGAACGAAAUCAUAUUUGGAAUGAAAAUUCCAGAAUGAAGAAUUCAGAUUGCUGAACAGGAUUAAACUUUAGUGCUACAGACAGGAAGCUCUAUGGUCUUAUAUUUACAACACUUUAAUGGUUUAACAAAACAAACAAACAAAUCUGUGGAGGUUGCUGGUACACACCGAAUGAGUCCUAACUGGAAUUAACAGCUUUAGCAAAGAACUCUUACCCUGGCAAAGCACCGACACGUGCUCCGUCCGACAAGGUGGUGUUCAACAACAUUCCUCACAACGGGAGAUCUUCGCAGCCCUGAGGUUUGAAUCUGACUUUAGCCUACCUAGCCCAGAAAAUCUGAAUUGGAAUGCACUCAGACUGUAUAAGGACAAUCCUAUCUAGACCUGUAAUUUGUGUAAAUUAUUGAUGAAGAUAAUUUACUGUGACUUUAUUAGCAGCUGACUUUGAAAGUGGAUGCAAUUUUUCUUUCAUUCAUUGGGGAGGGAAGAGGGAGGGGAAAUGGGAACCUAAUAUUGUCUCUUUUUUAAGUUUGGCAAACAGAAUGUUCAUACUGAUGUGUUGUGCCUUAAAGACAAGACAGCAUUUGUGUGUUACAAUGUAACUUUGGUUGAAAAAUCUCUGUAGAUACUGAAAA